AUGGGAAAAGGUCGUCGCAUGAAAAAGCAAGGUCCUCCACCGCCAUUGGACGAAUCACUAGUCACGAGAAAGCGAAAAGACGCACCGCCUGCGCCCGUGAGCCAACAGCCCGGCAAGAAGAGGAAGACAGAUUUCAAGGCACCGAAGAAGGGACCUGCGACCAAUGGAACCAAUUCGAAGAGCAAAGCGAAACCAGUGAAACCAGUGAAACCAGUGAAGAAAUCCGCACCGCCGCCACCCUCGGACGACGAGAUUCCAGAUGAGGAUCCGUCCGAGGACGAGGACGCGAUCGAUGACCCAGAUGUUAUGGAGGAUGGUUUGGAUGGUCUGAAGGUGACAGGACUUGAUGCGCUGGGCAGUGCUUCGGAGUCAGAAGAUCUGGAUGACCUGGACCUUGAAGACGAUGAGUUUGACGAGGAUGGAUCUGUCAUGGACUCGGGCGAUGAAGAGCCUGUAACGAAGAAGGGCAUGUGGUCGGACGACGAGGAUGACGAUGACAUAGAAGAGAAGCUCACGGCGGCGAACAUCGAAGGGUUGACGCUGAAACGCGACAGGGAGCUCGCGAUACAAGAGGCAGAAGCACAGGCAGAGUUGGAAGAGGCACAACUGCAGACAAACAUUGCGGGAGACAGACCUAAGGUGCUGGAAGACGAAGAUGAGGAGGGACGCCCCAUUACAAAUCUUGCGACACAGGACUUGCAGCUUCUGCGAACGCGGCUGAAUGACACCAUCAGAGUUUUGGACGACUUCAAAAAUCUCGCGGAGGAAGGUCGAUCAAGAACAGAGUACAGAGCUCAACUACUGAAGGACAUCUGUGCGUACUACGGGUACUCAGAGUUUCUUGCCGAUAAACUUAUCGACCUCUUCCCCGCGCGUGAGGCUUUCGCCUUCUUCGAAGCCAAUGAAACACCCCGACCUAUUGUCAUUCGAACUAACACUCUUCGCACGCAUAGACGAGAGCUUGCACAGUCACUCAUAAACCGCGGUGUGCAACUCGAACCCGUAGGCAAGUGGAGUAAGGUCGGUCUGCAGAUCUUCGACUCCCAGGUCCCUCUUGGUGCUACGCCCGAAUACCUCGCUGGUCACUACAUCCUCCAAGCCGCUUCCUCUUUCCUUCCCGUUAUGGCUCUUGCACCGCAAGAAGACGAACGUGUUCUCGACAUGGCCGCCGCUCCCGGUGGUAAAACGACACACAUUGCUGCCCUCAUGAAGAACACUGGAUGUGUCUUCGCCAACGAUGCCAACAAAGACCGUGCGAAGGGUCUCAUAGGUAACAUACAUCGUCUUGGGGUACGAAACACCGUUGUUUGCCACUACUCCGCUCUAGAGUUCCCCAAGGUCAUGGGCGGCUUCGACAGAGUACUCCUAGAUGCGCCAUGCUCCGGCACCGGUGUCAUCGCGAAGGACGCAAGCGUCAAGACCAACAAGACAGAAGCCGACUUCAUGAAGCUCCCGCACCUACAGAAGCAGCUUGUUCUCGCGGCCAUCGACUCGGUAGACCACCACAGUAAGACGGGCGGCUACAUCGUCUACUCCACCUGCUCUGUCACCGUCGAGGAGAACGAGCAAGUUGUCCAAUAUGCGCUGAACAAGCGGCCAAAUGUCAAGCUCGUCGAGACAGGCCUCGUCUUCGGCAAAGAAGGCUUCACCAAGAUCGGAGGCAAGAUCUUCCACCCUAGUAUGAAGAUGACAAGGAGAUACUAUCCACACGCGUAUAACGUUGACGGCUUUUUCGUCGCAAAAUUCAAGAAAAUCGGACCUACGCCGCCCAACGCCGUCCUCGCGAAUGGCGUUAGCAAAAAGGGCAAGAGCGCACCCUCUGACAAACCUGUCGAGGAGGAGUACGUUGACAAGACGCCCAUCACAGACGAUGACGGAGAGGAGUCUGACUUUGGUGGCUGGGAUGAUGAGGAGGAUAAGGUGUACAUGGAGCGAGCUGAGCGCGCGCAGAUGCGGAGAAAGGGCAAGAAUCCUAACGCUGACCCAAAGGCUGCCAAGGAGAGCCAGAACGGAACUUCGAAGGCAACAGAGAAAGAGAGCGCCAAGGAAGUGAAUGGUGCAAAAGCCAAGAAGGCGGACGCUGGCGCCAAGACGAAUGGUGGUGGCGGGAAGGUGGGCGGAGCGGAUUCGAGACCGAAGAAGAAGAGUGGUGAGCGGAAGUCGAUAUAG